GACUUCUUGGUCACGGCGGCCUUCGCCUUCCUGUGGUUGGUGAGCUCCUCUGCGUGGGCCAAGGGCUUGUCUGAUGUGAAGAUGGCCACUGACCCAGAGAAUGUGAUCAAGGGCAUGAGUAGCAUCUGCACCCAGCCUGGUGUGGCCUGCAAGGAGCUGAGGGACCCGGUCACCUCGGGCCUCAACACUUCUGUGGUGUUUGGAUUCCUCAAUCUGGUCCUGUGGCUGGGCAACGUGUGGUUUGUGUUCAAGGAGACCGGCUGGUCUGCACCAUUCCUGCGCCCACAGCCCCCCGUCCCGGAGAAGCAGCCUGCCCCCCCGGGAGACACCUAUGGGGAGUCUGGCUAUGGCCAGGGCCCUGGCAGCUAUGGGCCUCAGGGCGGCUACCAGCCCGACUAUGGGCAGCCUGCAGGUGGCAUGGGAGGCUAUGGGGGCCAGCCCACAGACUACGGCCCCCAGGGAGCACCCACCUCCUUCUCUAACCAGAUGUAGGCUGGUUAAGAUGGGGCAGGGGUGAGACACUCACCUCUGCCACCUCCUGCAGGAAGCCCUCUGGUAUGUGGGUGUGCACGGGAGUGUAGGGGGAAUAUCAGAGGGAGCCUGCCUGCCUGCCUGCCUGCCUAGGAGCCCCAAGUUCCAAUUCGUGCUCCCCCCUCCCCCCAGGGGCUCUUCUAGUUGUCUUUGGUGUUUCUACAUAAUAUAUUCUAUACGUAUAUAUAUUCCAUAGAAAGCUAUAUUAUUUAUCCAGAGUCUUGGGCUCUCCCCCAUGCUGCUCUGGGCAACGGGAGCCACAACAGCAAGCCCAGAGCCCCGCCCCCCCAGUCUCCUCCCUUCCAUCCCUGUCCCCCGGGCCGGGACAGCCUGGGUUCCAGAAGGAGCUGGCCUCAGAACGUGAGCGCCCAGGAGGCCCUUGGGGACUCGGGUAACUUGGUGACUCCGAGGAGCCGGGAGGAAGAGAGAGCGGGGGCUCCCGAAGGCUCCUGGGAGGGAGGGAGAGAGGC